UCUAUUCUAAAGCACAGCUCUCUCCUUUAGCUUCAUCAGUGCUGUAGAUGAGCUAUUCUAAAGCACAGCUCUUUCCAUUACAUCAAUUAAUGGGGAUAUUAUAAAGAGGAAUGGAUUUUAGAUUCCAGCUCUGGAUCUGUGUGUGAAUCCUGUUUGUAAGGGAGGGUGUGUGCUUGAGAUUAGCUGGGGAAUGAGAUUCCAUUUGGAUUAACACACAUGAGAGAGAACUGACAGAACCUGAAGAACAGGGCUGGAGCAAAACUGCUGGCAGAUCAGCCCACUCAGACCUCAGCGGUACAAUGCUGCCCCCUGGAGGAAGUGCUGUGUGAUAAUCUGGUGUGUCUAACAGGGAGAGGGAAGUACGGUUUCUCACACACAGGCGUGUUAGAUACACCUAUGAUUUCACUGUAAAUUUUGAAAUGAAGGAACUUCUUAUAAUAUUAACUAAAGAAUAAAAACAGAUUGAGAAGUACAGAGAUUUGGGACGAAUUUAAAGACCGUCUCUUUUACCUACAGUUUACAGUAUACAGCAGUAAGUAAAAGUGAAACUAAACUACAGAUUUAGCAGAAGUCAUUAGCCUACUGAGCACAGAUCUGAGAAAGACAGAAUGGCGUCUGGAUCUUCUCUCCUGGAUGAGGAGCUCUCCUGUCCUGUGUGCGCUGAAAUCUUCAGGGAUCCUGUUGUCCUGAGUUGCAGUCACAGCUUCUGUAAGGCCUGUCUGCAGCAGUACUGGGAACAGAAGGGAUCUCGGGAGUGCCCAGUUUGCAGGAGGAGAUCUAUGGAUGAACCUCUCUGUAACCUGUCUCUGAGGAAUACCUGUGAGGCGUUCUUAAAGGAGAGAAGUCAGAGAGCUAAAGCAGGAUCUGAAGUGCUCUGCAGUCUGCACAGUGAAAAACUCAAACUCUUCUGUUUGGUGGAUCAAAUACCCGUCUGCCUUGUCUGUCAAACUUCAAGAAAACAUAAAAACCAUGAACUGCUACCAGUUCAGGAGGCUGCAGAAGAGUAUAAGGAGAAACUUAGGACUGCACUGGCUCCAUUGCAGGAGAAGCUAAAUGCCUUUAAUGCAGUGAAACUAAUCUGUGAUCAAACAGCAGAGCACAUCAAGAGCCAGGCCCAGCGCACAGAGAGCCAGAUAAAGAUGGAGUUUGAGAAACUUCAGCAGUUCCUAAAAGAUGAAGAGGCAGCCAGGAUCACUGUACUGAGGAAGGAAGAGGAGCAGACGAGUCAGAUGAUGAAGGAGAAGAUUGAGAAAAUGACAAAAGAUAUAUCAUCGCUUUCAGAGCAAAUCAGAGCCAUAGAACAGGAGCUGGGAGCUGAAGACGUCUCAUUCCUGCAGAGACACAAGGACACACAAAACAGAGCCCAGUGCACACUGGCGGAUCCAGAGAAGGUCUCAGGAGUGCUGAUUGAUGUGGCCAAGCACCUGGGCAAUCUGAAGUACAGAGUGUGGGAGAAGAUACGUGGGACUGUUCAAUACACUCCUGUGACUCUGGACCCAAACACAGCACAUCCCAAACUCUCACUGUCUGAGGAUCUGACCAGUGUGAGAUACAGUGGUGAGAGACAGCAGGUUCUUGAUAAUCCAGAGAGAUUUGAUACAGGGUUGUGUGUGCUGGGCUCUGAGGGAUUCAGUUCAGGGAGACACUGCUGGGAUGUAGAUGUGGGAGGUGAUGAGAACUGGUGGGUGGGUGUGGCUGAAGAGUCCACCAGCAGGAAAGGGCCUGUGGAUCUGAGCCCAAGAAAAGGAGUGUGGUGUAUAUAUCACUACAAGGGGAAAUACAAAACCAUGACCUCCCCAUCUACACUCCUCGCUGUGCAGAGGAAACUCCAGAGGGUCAGAGUACAGUUGGACUGGGACAGGGGGGAGGUGUCAUUCUCUGACCCCAGUGACAACACUCCUCUCUACACUUUGCAACACUCGUUCACUGAGAGAGUCUUUCCACUUUUUGCUCGUGAUGUAAGGGGAUCGCAUUUGCAGAUCUGUCCACUGAAGGUGUCUGUAACAGUGGAAUAGUACUGUGGGAUUGUGGGUAAAGAUCAGGGGCCUCAUUUAUAAAACGGACUUACGAUCAAUUUUGAUCUUAAGCAUGACUUACGCAGAAAACCACGUAUAAGUAGUUAUUUAUAAAACCUUACUUUGACGAGGAAAUGAUCUUAUAACUGCGUAAAUUCCAGACUUGACGCAAGUAAUUUUCCUGCUGGUUAUGUAGGGGUAUUGCAGUUUUGGACGCAAAUGUGUCCAAGCCUGUGGUGAACUUUGCAUUAGCUUUAUGAACAAUUUGAUAUCAAUUAAAGGUGUGAGGAAUUAAUUGCCAGACGCAAGGUUUUGAAUUAAAAACAGGAUGGAUGUUCUAUAAAUAGUGUGUCAAAUUAAAAAAAAGUAACCUUGGCUGUUCUUGCGUUAUUGGAAGACAUUGAAAACCGUGCUUUUAGAAGGGACAGAGUUUUCAGAGACCGGAAUGACUUUUUUGCGCAUGAUGAUCUUCCAAAAAAUUUACUUUUCUUUUUUGGUCCAUGGUUAUUCCUGACUAAACCCUCAUUUGUGCUAGCAUUAUAUAAGGGGAAAUCGCUGAUUGUAAGGCACAUUCAGGUGCCAUCAAUUUUAAGUUAAUUUGAGAUUUAUAGAUCACAAGUGCGUAAGUUACAAAUGGGCUUCUUAGAACCUGCGUAAGCAAGGUUUUUUAUGCUCAGUAUCUUUUAUGAAUCGAACAGCGUCGGAAAUGAUCUUAAGACUAAGUUCAAGUAUAAAUUUAAGAGCAUUUUUAUAAAUGAGGCCCCAGAUCUAAUUGAUUCUGUGUUUGCAGACCGUAUUGGCAUUCAGAUAUUAAUCUAGUAAAGAAAUGUUUAUUUAAUGAUAAGUGUGUUGUUUCUUUGACAUAGUCUCAUAAUGUUAAUUUAGUGAGUAAAGCAUUUAAUUGCAUGUUGAGCUGAGUGGUCGUACCUGCAGCACAGUACCCUGAGUACAGAGGAGAGACUGAGUCUCAGAGCACUGCAGGGAGAUCAGAGCUUUUCACUGCUUACCUGCAUCAUGGACCAGCACUGCAUGGUUACUGAGCAACAUGAUAGAACAUCAACAGAUAAGAGGUCCUGCUGUACUUAUGAAACACUGCACAAAUAAACUGCUGUACCUCAUCAACA